CGAUGGGAGUCCAGCAGACAGCACUCAUCCUGUUGGUCUUGGUGGGGAUAUGGGUGACCUCCUGCCAUGGUUGGGAAAGCUGGAAUCCUGCAGGGCUGAACAUGAGACUCACGGGAACUGGCUUCAAAUGUUUGGGUCUGCUGGAGAUUAAUCUUACUGGCAACUGGGAGAGAGUUUGUCACCAGCUCUGGGACCAGAAGUUCACAAAAAUGGUCUGUAACCAGCUGGACUGUGACUCCUUCUUCUUUAGUGAGGUUAUCAAAUUUAACUCAGGGCAGAAACCCAUGGGAAGGAGGAAGAUGAACUGCCUGAGUAAUGUGCCUGACCUGAAGCUCUGCUCCUGGGUUAAAUCCAACUGCACUGAGGAGGUGAUCAUGAUUUGCAAAGAAAAACAGAACAUCACCACUGCACCACCAACAACUUCAUCACCAACUGCAACAGAACCCCCUGGCCCUCCUAGGCUACGGCUGGCAGAUGGAAGGUUCAACUGCUCAGGGACGGUGGAGCUGUACAUGGGAGGCCAGUGGGGAACUGUCCAGUCACGUCCAGAAAACAAGAGCGAGCUGGCCAGCUGGGUUUGCCGCAACGUAGGCUGCGGUGAAGCCUUAGAUGAGGCCAAGUGGCCUUCCAUCACGAAAGAUGAAAGACCUCAUCUACCUGUCCGCUGGGAGAUGAUGGCAUCAUGCAGAGGUGACUCCCUCCCAGACUGUUUCAACAGAACCAGCAUCUCCCGCAACAAAAUCCCAGCCUCCGUCCUCUGCUCUGGUUCCCAGCCAAGGGUGAUGCAAAGGCUUGUGGACAGCUGGAGCUCUUGCGAAGGGAUCUUGGAGGUGUUCCAUAAUGAGAGAUGGGAAGUUCUGUGCGAUUCCAGUUCACUAAUGAAAUCCAGAGGGGUGCAGAUAUGCCAAGAGCUGCGGUGUGGGAACUUUUCAUCAAUCACCCAGAUCCAGGAUACUAAGGUCUCAGGCGUGUCCUGCAGCACAAAUCAGCUCCAGAAGUGUCUCUCUUUCCAGAAAACACAAUGCUUCAAAACCAGAGUCACAUGCCACCCUCGUUCAGCUGCGGUGGGAGCAGGAACCAUUGUGAGCAUUUUGCUGGCUCUAAUCCUCCUUGGAGUCCUCCUUGUUAUCUGUGGACCUCCCGCCUACAAGAAACUACAGAAGAAAUACACCAAGAAGAAGCAGCGCCAGUGGAUAGGCCCAACUGGAUUACAACAAAACGUCUCGUUCCAUCGCAACAGCACUGUCACUCUCAGGCCCCGUCAGGAAGUUCAAGGUGCACAGGGCCAAGACAAUGACUAUUCUCAGACCCCUAAGAAGAACUCUUACCUUUCAGCUUAUCCAGCUCUGGAAGGGGCAAUCAGGUCUUCCAACCCUCCAGACAACUCCUCUGACAGUGACUAUGACCUACAUUCUGCUCGGCGACUUUAGCCUCUUUACCCCAGACAGAAAUGGGAAUCUUGGUGAAUGGAAAAACUGACAGAAGAAAAAAAUACCUGAGACAACUCUGAACUGGAAUCAUUUACAUGUUAUUACAUACUGACAUAAAGGCUUUUCCCACACUGCCAAAGACAUAAGAUGGGAGAGGGGUCAGUGCAGCCCCAAAUUACACACCCUUUCCAUGCAUAGGGCAAAAAGAAUCAGGAAGUCUGUCUUCUUUUCCCCCCAGUGACCUCUGGCAAGUCACUUGGGCCCAACAGUUAAAAGCACCCCUAAUUGGACAGCUUUGAUGCACAGCUACACAUCCUCAGGCCGAAUUUUCAGCAGUAUUAAGCAGUCAUAGCUCCAGUUCAAGUCAGCUGGAAGUCUGCAGAUGCUCUGCACUUCUGAAAAUCAAGCCUAUAUAUUUCAUGCUGGGCAUCUGAAACAAGUCACCCAAGAUCAGUGGAUUUUAUUUUCACAUGUUGAUCAUUAAUCUCCCGUAUUCUAUUCUGGUUCUUGUAUUAUGCCUGUCAUUGUGGUAUCUGAGCAUCUUCCUGUGAUAAAUUCAUCUAGUAUUUGCCACUUAUACUUCUUUUUCACCCUGGGAAAGAGAUAGUGUAUGUGUGUUAAGUUGAUAUGGUGUUGUUUGUUAAGGGCAGCCAGGUGGAAGAACGUGGUUUACAUUUGGCUGCAAAGUAGUGAUGUUUCUAAACUUAAUGUAUGUCUACAUAACAAGAUGUAGUAUAGCUACUUCUGACUUUUUCCGUUGAUGAGGUUAAUUCACCUCUCCGAGAAUAGCUAGAUCAACAGAAAGAUUCUUCCAUUGACAUAAUUGUAUCUACAGUGGGGAUUAGGUCAACCUAACUAUGGCGUUUGUUGCAUUUUCUUUCACAGCCCUGAGCAAUGUAGCUAGGCUGAUCUAAUUUUUAAGUGUAUACCAGGCCUUAGACCCCGGAGGAGCAGAUUGCAGAGUCUCCAUGCCUGCUCUUACACUCUAAAUAAUCCAAUACUUCAUUAUGGCUAUGUCUACACUCUCAGCUUCUUGCACAAGUACAGUCGUUCUUGCGCAAGAAUCUGCAGA